AUGGCAGCGUAUUCCGAGAAGCCAGAUCGCUUUCAGACGGCUCUACCAAGCUUAGAUCCCCAAAGGCUCCUUGAAUUGCGCGAGAUUUUCAUGACCAAGAUCUGGACCAAGAACCCGAUCGUUGACUCGGACCAGCUGGACUUUUAUAUCGCACGAGUGCUGGAAAAUGGCAUUGACUGGUCUGCCUCGUCGUGCUUAGUGCUACUUAUCUUUGCGCUUGCGGCGAUCUGGGGGAAUUAUCCCGACGACGAAACCCGCGAGGUCUCGUACAAUGAACCAUCAUUCAGUCCACCGGUCACUUACGUGACGAUCCCGGUUCCGGAGCACCGAUUGAAGGAAUCGUUGACCUUCCUCUCCAUGGCGCGUAAGCGCAUCUCCACUGCGUAUCUCGACGAUACCUUACUGGGAGUGCAGUGUCUCUGUUUAUUCGGAAUUUGGUAUCAGUAUAACAUCGAGCCGAUUCCGGGCUGGAAAAUGUUCCGGACAGCAUCCACGCUGUGGCAAACGUAUCGUUUGAAGCACCGCGAGGGGAAGACGGUUAGAAGUGCGCAGGAAGAGAGUCUGGAGCAGCGACUCUACUGGACAUGCUUAAAAUCCGAAUGUGAGGUUCGAUAUGAACUGACGGAUCUCCCGCCCUGUGACCUCAGCCUCUCCGACUUUCCUUAUUCUCUCCCGAGCUUCCCCACGAGACAACUAUCUACCGACACCCCUGGGUGGAACUUUUCCAGUCCCUCAUCUACACACCUCGAAGCAGCAUCUUCCUACUAUUAUCUGGCCGAGAUAUUCUUGCGCAGGCUUCUCAACCGGGCCCGCAAUGCGGUCCGUGUGCUCUCCCCGGAUAUCGACCUGCCGACCAUCACGGUUCUGGCAGAAACUCUGACGCAGCUGGAAGGUCAACUCCAGCAGUGGGUAGAUUGUCUUCCGCAUACACUCCGGUUUAACAUGCCUCUCGAAUCCGCCCCUGGGCCGAAGGAGGGUGAGCUCAUGAAGCUAAGCCGUGAGCGAUACGUCGAGGUGCGCGAACUGCUCUGCCGCGCGUAUCUAUACCUGUGCAUCCAUGUACCGCUCGACCCAGGGAUGGCGGCGCUACCGAGGUGCCAUUCUUCCGGCAUCCGGGGUCAUGGGGAGGAUGUCGAGUCCGGUUUAACCACGCGCUUUGCCUGA